ACGAUGCUCAUUGUGUCGCGUGCGCUGCCUCGUCUUAUUUACCGAAUCAUAGUCUUUCAUUUAUUAUCCUUAUUUAUCUGCUGUCUCCGCCCGCUUUGUUACGCGACCGAGCAGUCUGUCUCGUGAUUGUCAUGGCGGAGACGAAGAUCAUUUACCACAUAGACGAGGAGGAAACUCCGUAUUUAGUCAAAUUGUCAAUUGCACCUGACAAAGUCACUUUGGCGGAUUUUAAAAAUGUCCUCAGCAACCGUUCGGUCAACAGCUACAAAUUCUUCUUCAAAUCCAUGGACCAAGAUUUCGGGGUCGUCAAGGAAGAGAUCUCAGAUGACAAUGCAAAGCUCCCGUGCUUCAAUGGCAGAGUGGUGUCUUGGCUGGUCCAGGCGGAGAGCUCCCACUCUGACGGAGUGUCCAUGUGCACAGAGAGCCACUCAGAGCUGCCCCCCCCCCUCGAGAGGACCGGCGGCAUCGGGGACUCCAGACCCCCCUCUUUCCACGCACACGCAGUGAGCAGCAGAGAGGGGGUGGACACAGAGACGGGCAGCGUGAGCCUCCUGAGCCACCGUAGGGAGAGGGAGAGAGAGAAAGCCAGACGGAGACGAGAGGAGAUCCCACAUGUGAACGGUCACUCUAAGGGGGAGUGUGUGGUCAGAGACGCAGCGAUGGUGUGUGACAGCGGCUCCGUUAUGAGCAGCGAGCUGGAGUCCAGUUCCUACAUGGACAGUGAGGAGGAGGAGGACGCCAGCAGACUCAGCAGUUCCACAGAGAAGAGUUCCUCUUCACAGCUCCUGAGGCGACACAAACGCAAACGCCGACGACAGAAAGUCAACAAGAUAGACCGGUCGUCGUCCUUCAGCAGCAUCACAGACUCCACUAUGAGCCUCAACAUCAUCACCGUCACACUCAACAUGGAGAAGUAUCACUUCCUGGGCAUCAGCAUCGUGGGGCAGAGUAAUGACCGCGGUGACGGAGGCAUCUACAUCGGCUCCAUCAUGAAGGGCGGCGCCGUCGCUGCUGAUGGACGAAUAGAACCUGGAGACAUGCUGCUACAGGUAAAUGAUGUGAACUUUGAGAACAUGAGUAACGAUGACGCAGUCAGAGUACUCCGAGAGAUCGUCUCCAAGCCUGGACCCAUCAGCCUUACAGUAGCUAAAUGCUGGGAUCUCCCCCGUAGUUACUUUACCAUACCACGCACUGAACCGGUACGGCCCAUAGACCCAGCUGCCUGGAUCUCCCACACCACGGCACUGACCGGCUCCUUCCCCCAAUACGAGUUUGACGAGCUGCCCCUCACGGUGGGGAAGACGGACAUGGCGACCAUCAUCAAGGUGAUGCAGCUCCCGGGGUCAGGCCUGGAGAUACGAGACCGCAUGUGGCUCAAGAUCACCAUCAGCAACGCCGCCAUUGUCCACACCCGGUCCACACCCGGUCCACACCCGGUCCAGGCGAGAGGUUCUGAGGCCCAGACGCUGCACCUGCCUGAGACGUCCUACACAGAGGAGGUGCCGCACUUUACAGCGACGUGUCUGUCGCAGGCUCAGUUCUGGAAGUGCAGGGGGAGUGCGGACUGUGGGAAGGUGUUCCAGAGGUCCACUCCAGCACCAUGGCAACCACCCGCACCGCCGCACAGGCGACUGGACGCAGGCUGGGUCAAAGGUCACCUCGGGUGA